AAUGUAUGUGGGGAUUGGGAGCCGCAGUUGAGAGCAUGAGCCAGAACGGGCUGUCAUUUCACACACGGGUCGCAUUGCUGCCCACCAUUCUAUCAUCAUGACCACCGGUAAGGACACAGAACCAUCCCUGUGGCCGGAUCGGGCCCAAACCAGCCUGACUGCACCGGCUCCGGCUGAUGGCACAUGCCUCGAGGAGGCAGAGGACCUGCCCGGUGGCCUUACUGGAAGUGGCGGAGCAUCUUGGGAGUCCACUGGCAGCGUGGCAGAGGUGAAGGAGAAUGUGCAGCUUCCAUAUCCGUCCCUUGCACCAGUGGUGUUCUUCUGGCUCCACCAGAGCACACGACCCCGCAGCUGGUGCCUUGCACUUGUGUGCAGCCCGUGGUUUGAGCGAGUCAGCAUGCUGGUGAUUCUGCUCAACUGCGUCACGCUCGGCAUGUUCCAGCCCUGCCAAGACCUGGAGUGCCACUCUGACAGGUGCAGCAUCCUGCAGGCCUUUGAUGAUUUUAUCUUUGCAUUCUUUGCUGUGGAGAUGGUGGUUAAAAUGUUGGCCUUGGGCAUAUUUGGUCCGAAAUGUUACCUUGGCGACACCUGGAACCGCCUUGACCUCUUUAUCGUCAUGGCUGGGAUGUUGGAGUAUUCUUUAGACGGUCAUAACGUUAGUUUCUCAGCCAUCAGAACCGUACGGGUUCUCAGACCAUUACGAGCCAUCAACAGAGUUCCCAGUAUGCGAAUCCUGGUGACGUUGCUGUUGGAUACUUUACCGAUGCUGGGAAAUGUCUUGCUGCUUUGUUUCUUCGUGUUUUUCAUCUUCGGGAUUGUUGGUGUGCAGCUGUGGGCGGGGCUUCUGCGCAACCGUUGCUUUUUUGACAGCAACAUCAGAAUGCUGUAUAAUGUUUCAGAGUCUGUGAGUGAAUACUACAGACUGGACGAAACCUAUGACGUUCCCUUCAUUUGCUCCACCACUCGGGACAACGGAAUGUUGCACUGCUUCAACAUCCCGAAGCGCAGAGUUGGAGGGGCUGAUUGUGAGCUCACGGCUGAUAAUGUCACAGAUCUUGUUUUCAAAGGUCCCCCUCAUCAUGGAUGUGUAAACUGGAACUUGUAUUACAACAAAUGCAAUGCAAGCGAACACAAUCCGCAUAAUGGGGCUAUCAACUUUGACAACAUUGGAUAUGCUUGGAUUGCUAUCUUUCAGGUCAUCACGUUAGAGGGAUGGGUGGAUAUCAUGUACUAUGUCAUGGAUGCCCAUUCCUUUUACAACUUCAUCUAUUUCAUCUUUCUUAUCAUUGUAGGCUCCUUCUUCAUGAUCAACCUGUGCCUCGUUGUCAUAGCAACACAGUUCUCCGAGACCAAACAACGUGAGAACCAGCUGAUGCAGGAGCAGCGGGCACGUUUUCGUAGUAACGAAUCCACCUUAGCUAGCCUGGCUGAACCGGGAUCCUGCUACGAAGAAAUGCUGAAAUACCUCGUCCACAUUUGCCGCAAACUUUUCAGACAUGCCACACGCCUCUGUGGCGAAUUAUGUCACAAGAGACGUAGGGGUGUGGCCAAUCCUAGCAGCUCCCUCCCAGUGGGCGGGACUAAUGGAUAUUGGAGUGACAAUGGGACAAAGAUGGGUCCGACCCAAUACUGUAUGCUGCAUUAUCAUCAUCCCCAUCAGCAUCAACAUUACAUCAACAAUGGCAUAGAAAUGAAAACACUCCAUCUCGAUAGAGAUGCUCAGAAUUCCAAAAAGACCCCAUCGCUCCCUCUUGCACUACAAAAUUUGAAGGGUUUGAGGCUCGGUAUGAACUAUCCCACCAUCCUGCCCUCCAAACUAUACGCAAAAUCACAUACACGCUCACACUCGACAGGUGGAGUCAAAGCACCGGCUUUCCAUCAUGGACUCUACGGCAGGAAGAUCUCCGUUUGUAGUGGAUACCAUGAUACUUACAAGUUGCAGCACGGUGUGUAUCCUGGCACGUGCUCGAGUGUGUGUGUGGACAGCAGGGUGGGACUGGUGUCUUCAGAGUCGUCCUCCUGCCCAAUUUGUGCCCAGGAAGGCGAUGGUGUUAAUUGCGACUCCAACAGUGAAUCGGACCCAGAGAAACAGGGGCCAGACAUCAGCUCAGAACAGAGCAAAAGAAUCCAGGAUCUGGAUGAAAAGGAGUCUGGGAAUGAGAACUGUGUGUGUAUGUGUGUUCAUUAUGCCAGAGCCAUUUUGAGGCGGAUUGUGGACAGCGAGUACUUCAACAGAGGGAUAAUGAUAGCAAUCCUUAUCAAUACACUCAGCAUGGGAGUGGAGUACCAUGAGCAGCCAGAUGAGCUGACAGACGUGUUGGAGAUCAGUAAUAUUGUCUUCACUAGUUUGUUUGCGUUAGAGAUGCUCUUGAAGCUUUCGGCCUGCGGUUUGUUCGACUACAUCAGCAACCUCUACAACAUCUUUGACGGGAUCAUCGUUAUCAUCAGUGUGUGUGAGAUCGUCGGACAAGCGGACGGAGGGUUUUCGGUUUUGCGGACGUUUCGUUUGCUCAGGGUGUUAAAGCUGGUGCGGUUCCUCCCGGCUCUGCGCAGGCAGCUGGUGGUACUGAUGAAGACCAUGGACAAUGUGGCCACCUUCUGCAUGCUGCUGAUGCUCUUCAUCUUCAUCUUUAGUAUAUUGGGAAUGCAUCUGUUUGGGUGUAAGUUUACUCUGCGGUUGGAGAAUGGAGACACUGUGUCGGACAGGAAGAACUUUGACUCACUUCUCUGGGCCAUCGUCACCGUGUUCCAGAUUUUGACCCAGGAGGACUGGAAUGUUGUUCUGUAUAACGGCAUGGCCUCUACCUCCCCCUGGGCGGCUCUGUACUUUGUGGCCUUGAUGACCUUUGGGAAUUAUGUCCUCUUCAAUUUACUGGUUGCCAUCUUAGUAGAGGGCUUUCAAGCUGAGGGUGAUGCUAGCAGAUCAGACACUGAUGAUGACAUGUCGUCUGACUAUGGGGAUGAGGACAAACUGAGAGAACUGCUGAACUCCGAGAUGAAAAUGCAGACAUUAAUGCCCAUCUCAAACGGACACCUGGAACCUCGGGCAUCCAUGCCACCUCACAACACACACAUGCAGCUCAACGCCACACCCAGAACUGAGGUGUCACACAUCUACAGCCAAUCACGGCGCAACAGCAACACCUCCACUGAGCCGCAUGACCAGAGAUCCCUGAUAUCUAUAACUUCAUCUGCUUCCAGCCUUUGGGGAAGUCGCCGCUCCAGUUGGAACAGCCUUGGCAACGCCCCCAGUCUAAUGAGACGUGCUCAGUCAGGGGAGUGUGAAUCGUUGCUUUUAGGAGUGGGACAGGACAGCAUGGAUGACAGCCAAUCAGAAGAUGGGAAAUCCAGCAGGACUGGCAGUCUGGGUGGAGUUUCGUGUCUGGGGUCGUUUGAUUUUCCAGAGCUCCUCCAGGUUCCACGCCCAUAUUUGGAGUGUAACGGCAGAAUAGAUGGAGGUUAUCCAUCCUCUCCCAACAUAACACGUCCCGAUCCACCAUCCACACAGUGCGCAGAUGAUGAUGAAUUUGAGGAGAGCUGGUGUCUGAUUGUGAAGAGACUGUUGGAGCCGUAUAAACCCCAGUGGUGUAGAGACCAUGAGGAUUGGUCACUUUACUUAUUUUCGCCCCAAAAUAAGUUCCGUAUGCGCUGUCAAAAGGUCAUCACUCAUAAGAUAUUUGAUCAUAUUGUGCUGUUUUUCAUCUUCUUUAACUGCAUCACAAUUGCUCUAGAGAGACCUGACAUCCAACCUGACAGCACGGAGCGGAUGUUUCUUAAAGUGUCUAACUGCAUCUUCACUGUGAUCUUUGUGGCUGAGAUGACUGUGAAGGUGGUUUCUCUUGGGCUGUAUGCUGGUCCAGGCUCGUACCUGAAGAGCAGCUGGAAUGUUCUAGACGGCCUGCUGGUAUUUGUGUCUAUUGUGGACAUCCUGGUCUCUCUCGCCUCCUCUGGCGGGAACAGAAUCCUGGGUAUCUUGCGAGUACUGCGACUGCUCAGAACACUAAGACCCUUGAGUUGUUCCCAACUGAGCAAAACAUUUGUUCAUCUCACCUUCCCUUCAGCACUGAUGUCAUUAUUCGUCCUGUCAUCUAAAGAUGGCUGGGUCAACAUCAUGUAUGAUGGCUUAGAUGCCGUGGCUGUGGACCAACAG